GGAUGGGGGCAUAUCGACAUGCGAAUGGUGUAGCCGGACGGACUCCACGGCGGUUUGUUAUUGAAUGGAAAUCCUUUUUAUGUGGCAAUAUUCCUACUUAGCACACGAAAAAUUAAAUGUAUUUAUUCGUAUCUUUUGUUAUAUUUUUUGUUUUAUUAUAAUUUAAUUACGCAGUUUUUUUAAACAUCUUUUUAUGGGGCUAUUUAAAAGUCUUAGUUAAAGCCUUAGGCCUUGUGCAGGCGCCGGUGGUCGAUUUUAACAAAAGCCGAGGAACAGUCACGUAGAAGCAGGCAUACUUAAUCCAUGAAACCAGCCUGCAGAAACACACUUUCAUCAAAGCAGUAAAUCAACAAAAGAAAGAGAAACCACGGGAACCCAGCCCGGAUGGUGCCCGGCGUUUGAGGCGUUUGGAGAUCACAUAUGGACAAUUCCUGAUUAUUUUUCUGGGCACACACAAUAGAAAAUGUCUAACGGUGCAGCGGGGAGCGGAGGCUUAACCUGGGUGACCCUCUUUGACAAGAACAAUGGUGCGAAGAAAGAGGAAGUGAACGGCCGGGGAGAUGCAGUGAAGAGUGAGGCGGGCAAGAAAGAGAGCUCUAAGAAGAUGUCAGUGGAGAGGAUCUACCAGAAGAAGACUCAACUCGAGCAUAUCCUCCUCCGUCCAGACACCUAUAUCGGCUCCGUGGAACCUGUCACUCAGCAAAUGUGGGUUUUUGAUGAAGAAAUUGGAAUGAAUUUGAGGGAGAUCACGUUCGUCCCUGGAUUAUAUAAAAUCUUUGAUGAGAUCCUUG